AUGUAGAAUCAAGAAAUUGUAGUUAAGAUACACGGUUAUUAUACCUAAAAUGGAUCUGAGCACAAGAUGGACCUUGCUGCAUUACAUUUGACCACUGAUGGUACUAUUCAUACUGAAGGUCAUGAUACAGUAGGAAAUUUCGUAAUUGAUGGUAAGAUUGCUGCCGAUGGAAAAGUUCACUUUAACAAGCAAUACGUUGGUAAACACUGUGUUGUUUAUGAAGGUGCUUUGGAAGACAGAGUUAUCAAGGGUACUUGGAAACUAAACAACUUGCAUGAUGCAUUUAGAUUGGAAGUUCAAGCUGAAAUUUGGGAAGGAACUUACAACUAACAUGGCUCUGAUCACAAAAUGGUUGCCUACUUUGGCUUCGAUGAUAACAGAAGAGCAUUUGGAUUUGGUCAUGAUGAAGUAGGAUCUUCUAUAUGGAGUGGUGAAUUUGUUGGUGACGAACUCCACCUUGUGAAGCAAUAUGUUGGAAAACACAAAGUUACCUAUAAAGGCAAGCAUACUUAAGACGAUUUCCAAGGUAGCUGGUAAACUGGUGGUCACCACGGAACAUUCCAUAUUCACAGAAAGUGA